CAUUUGACGCAAGCGCUCGGCGAUAAGCCCCUACAAAAGCAUCCUUUUCCUCGCUUGUCUCUCGGCUCCAGUGUGAGAGCAUGUCUUCUAAAACCCUAGUUCCUCCCAGGCUCGGAAUUCUCUUCCAGGACUACACCUCUCCUCCGUCGUCGUCGGCGAUCCCGUUCGAUCGCUUCCCACGGUCGGUGAUGGAGUUCUUGGACGGGGACUUGGUCGAUCGGGUCUGGAGCCUUGCGUGGAACCCCGUGGACGUUGGCGUUCCCGGGAUGCUCGCCUCUUGCAGCGGAGAUAAGAUCGUUAGGAUCUGGCAGAAGGGGCCUUCCCGUUCCUGGGAUCGCUCGGUUUGUGUUCCCAUCUACAAUUCAUCUCCCUUGUUUGCUUCCAUGGUUUACUGGAUGUUUAGAAUAUCCGUAUUAUGGGAGGGUAACGAGAACUGUUAUCGGCUCUUAACCCUUUUAUGGUCUUGAAAUUUGAGAGGAAGCGACUUGAAAUUGUUCGUGUUAGAAUUGAUUUAUUUACUAUGUCAUAAUUAUCUCAUGUGUGUGGUCACCAUUUCAUUAUUAUGAUUUAAACAUGGGUUAUGCAAAUCAUCUGCUAAUCAAAUCUGUCAUCGUAGCUCAUAGUCAUACCCCUUUUUUCGUUCCUGAAAAUAGUAAUAGUUGUCGGUUAUAGAAAAUAUAUAUUAAUUGAGCUUACAAGUAGAACUUGAAACUCAUUUAAAUAAUAAAUACUCUGCCAUUGUUUCUCUUCUUCACAUGUCUUAUCAACCACAGAAGGAGAGAGUAUAUUUCUUGAAGUUGUUAAAAUAUUUGAGUUAAAAAUGUAAUGGACUGCUUGAUUUGUAAUGGAAGCUACGACUGAGAACAACCUAAUUCAAACUAAUUUGGACUUCCAAUUUCAGACAUCAAGUUAAUAUGGUGUUAUACAUUUUUUUUUAAUAUCUUAUUGGUUCAAGAUAUCAAUGGAUAGUUUGGUUUACUGAUUUCUUGAACAAAAUCUCAAAAUCUAUAAUAUUGUUUGGUGAUUGUAUAAGGAGCUUCUGGUUUCUAUCUAUUAGAAGAUAAGAGAUAUUUGUUGUUUCUCAAAUUAUAGGGGAUUUUUCAUUCUAUAAAAAUUUGACCAAUGGCGAUUCAGGUCACACAAUCUGAGUCAGGGUCAUUUAUAGCUGACCUGUAACUGCUCAUAAAAAUCAGCGCUGGAUGAUUCUGACCUAUCUUGACAAAAAGAAAUGACAAAUACAAAAGAGAAGUAGAGGGCAGGACUAUAAAAAGUUUUUCUUGCGGGAGACAUCAACUAUCUUGGCAUAGGAAUGGCCUAGGGAUGGCAGAUUAAAGUUAUUGGAGGGUCAUUCAAUUUUUGAUACGAUGAAAGGGCAUUUGGACUCCAAUGGUGACUCCUUAAGAUGUUCUUGAUACUCGAAUAACAAAUUCCUCGAGGAGUCUAUUUGUUUUAACUAUUUUUAGAAUACAAUGUUUAGAACUUUAUAGAUGAAACCGAUGUCUCAGAUUGUAAUGGAAUUUAAAAUUUUUCAUUGCAGAUUUUAGUAUGUUGCUUUCUGUAAAUGAUUUUAAGGGCCAGUGAGUCAUCCGAUUCCCAUCGGUUUCUUUGGAUCGAGAUAACGGCUAUUAAGAUUUUCCAGUCUCUAUAUUGCUAAUUCAGUAUUGUUGUGUGUUAUAUUGAUGCUUCUAUUUUGCUUGAUUCUCUCUUUGUUUUAUGUCAACUUUUAAUUGUGGCACACUUUAUGGUGUAUUUGAUAAUCUAAUAUUUGUCAUGAUUUAAUAAUUUGUAUAGCUGUUGCAGGAAUUGUAAUUUUGUGGGGAUACAUUCUGCGUGUGGCCACUAGGUAUUCUAAGUACAGAUCUGUUCGGUCAAUUUCCUAAUAUUCUAAGUACAUAGGAUGGCUGGGUUAGCCAAGUCCCAAUGUAACAAAUUCUUCUUUGGGACAGAUUAGUUAGUAGCUGUCUUGCUUGUUCUAACCAAUCUGCAGUAAUGAAUACCUCUAUGUUUCAAAAAAAAAAGGAAAAAAGGAAAAAAUCAUGAUUGUAGAGAAUGGGGAUUAACUCCUGAAGGCUAGCAUGCCACUUCAACUCUUCCUUCUCUUGUGUUAUAUACAAAUAGAAGGCCUUUCACAUUCUGAGGCCCGUACAUAUUAUUGCUUCUUCCACUUACCAAAAAUGGAAGGAAGCACACAGGAAACACCUUAAUGCGUUUUCUUUUAAUGCUGAUGACUGGUUCUGUGAACUCACCCAGCAUUUGGGGAACCUCAAUACAGAUCACUUUUAAGUACUGUCAUUUUUAGUGUCUUUCAAUUCAUUAACAUUGCCCAGAAGUUUUCAGCUGCUCACAGCAAUUUCUUGGCUUAUAUGCUAGAGGAACAAUACAGAAUUUAUCAUGCAUUGUUUGCACAAUACUUAGUUGAACAUGAUGGAUUAGACCAUAAUUCUUUUAGUGGUGUUGAACCAACUUAACAGAGGUUUACAUGAUUGAAUCUCUUCUCCUUAAGAUGUGUCACUUCUGCAGCUGCCUGUCUAAAGACAUUUGAUGCUCUAGAAGUUGUAACAUCAAAUUCACAAUCUACAGUGGCAUUGAACAGUCAAAUAUUGAAGAGUUUAUUUGCAAAUCAGUGGGCAUGGAUAAGAUCAUUUUGGAAGCAGAUAACCUUAAAAAAUUAUCAAGAUUACACAGGCUAGUAAGACUACAUCUUUGGAGGUGUUAUUUUUUACAACGAAGAUGAGAUUAUUGAUUCAGAAUAUAUUGCAGUUUUAUUCCUUCAGCUUAGACAUCUUUCUUUGAGUUACAAGUUGAGAGAUGGAUUGAUCCAUGAUGGUCUGAAAGGAUCAUUACCACCCGAAAACUUGGCUGUCAUGGAACUGGGUUGGAAGUGGUAAUUCAUCACUUGGGCAUGGGCUUGGAGAUGAUUUUAAAGAAGUUCGUUAUUCAUGGUGUUCUCUUUGAGACAAACUUGUGAAGAAUGUCAUGCGAUACCAAAUUUUUAUCUCAUCCAUCUUUCAUGCCAUGAGGACAGAAGCAUCUAAACCAGGGAUCAAUCUCAUUGGCCAUGCAGGAAGUUUGGGGCCAAUUUGUUGCAUGUAUCACUGCAAGUUUCCCAUGCCUUGGUUAGGAAAAAUAUACAAACCAUGUUAUUCCUGCACAUGGGAUGCUUGCAAAUUAACGGUGCGAAUAUGUGGACAUACCACAUUCAUCUCAAAUUCCACAGGCAUCAUUCGGUUAUGUUCCGUCCCUGUGGUGUCAUACUUGAAAACAAUGCAAAUUGGGAAUGGACGAAGGAUGAGUUAACAAGAUGGUUUCUUCUAAUCAAGGGGCUGCAUGGUUUGUGGUGAUUCCAUCAGCUUGUCAUGCAGAUUUUGUAACAUGAGAUGCAGAUACUGUGUUAUGAAACCAAUUUUAGCAUGUUGAGGUUUACAAGGAAAGGGAAGCUCUAAUGGAUGCCAUUACUUGGUAUUGUCUGGAAGGAGUAUCUGAUUGCUAUUCUUAGAAAGGAAAGGAACAGGUGUCCCUAACGUAAUAAUUUAUCGUACAAGUGGAGGACGCGACCGGCGUUAAUUAUCGACGACCUUCCACAGCUGAAAGUGACUCUUCUCUUUUUUAAGCAAAUAGCUUCGUUAGGCACGGCAGACUUGGAACCCCUCAAAUAUGUGCCCAAGUUGAUCGACUACUUCUUAUCUCUCAAGUGGCAAUGGGGUACCAGAGUCUGUUACAGGGACUGGCGUUGGAGACAAAGCUACUUCCUGCCGAAAAGAUACCACCAUUGGUUCUCUCUCUCUCUCUCUCUCUCUCUCUCUCUCUCUCUCUCUCUCUGGGGUCCCAAAAAUUCGCAGACAAUCCCACAAGGACAAGAUCUUCUAUACACUACUAUGGUUGAACUAGGGUGUUGAUACACGUACCAGUCCCAGAAGCAGAGAAGAGACGAGGCUCAAGGUCCACCAGAUGAUUCAGCUAUAUAAAAAGCACUAAAACCCUCUGGCUUCUUCUGAAGAACACUUGCACACUUUUUUUCCCUGUUUCUCUGUCUCUAUAGUUGGAAGAACUUAUGUUCAAGAAACCUGGGCUAGAAGGGAAGAGACCAUGGUAAAGACAUGGAGCAGCACCACGCAAAGCUUGAGAGGUCAGCACAUGGAGCAUCAUUAAUGGUUCAGGAGGGAGAAGAAUAGAGUUGGAUGGCAAAUCAUAGAGUUGGCGAAACUGGCCUUCCUGAUUCUGGACCUUCAACUCGGUCUCUUAUUAACGGGACUAUCGGCAACACUCCAUCUGCGACUAAUUUCUUUGAUCAGGAAGGAGCUGCUUACUUUGGAGAGUUGGAGGAGGCUCUCAUGCAGGGAGUCGACGGCCUAAGAGAAACAGAAGACAGAAAGUCUUUUAUUGCAACCAGCCCCGCAACACUAGAGAUCUUCCCAUCGUGGCCAAUGAGAUUUCAGCAAACUCCCAGUGUGAAUACGCAGUCAGCAAGAAGCACUGAUUCCGGCGCAGCUCAAAACUCUCUAUCUCAUCUGGAAUCGGACUUUCCCAAUAGCAGGAAGGCCUCCUCGGACCAGUCGACUAACCACAAGCGGCCGCAAGAGAUGAUGAUGGCAAGUGGUGCUUCCAGGACAGAAGCAGCAAGAAAUCCUCAUCCCUCUUCCCAAGAAGAGAGAAAGAUGACAGGUUCAACUGCAGCAAGGGACGGAAAAGUAAUUGAUGCCAAGACAUUAAGGCGCCUAGCUCAAAAUCGAGAGGCAGCCAAAAAGAGUCGGCUGAAGAAAAAGGCUUACGUGCAACAAUUAGAGUCCAGUAGGAUUAAGCUUCAGCAGCUAGAGCAAGAUCUCCAGAGAGCAAGAUCACAGGGCCUUCUCUUGGGAGUCGCAGGCGGUAAUGCGGCUAUCAGUUCCGGCGCUGCGAUUUUUGACAUGGAGUACGGUCGAUGGUUGGAUGAUAACUGCAAGAUCAUGUCGGACCUCCGAGCUGCACUUGAGGCUCACCUUCCUGACGACAAUCUUGGUGUGGUCGUAGAUCACUGCAUCAGGCACUAUGAUGAUCUCUUCCGGCUGAAAGCCAUCGUUGCUCAAUCGGAUGUAUUCCACCUCUUGAAUGGAAUAUGGAAGACCCCAGCGGAGCGCUGUUUCCUGUGGAUGGGUGGGUUUAGGCCCUCCGAGCUCAUCAAGAUCCUGAUACGUCAGCUGGAUCCAUUGACGGACCAACAGUGGAUGGGGAUGCGCGGCUUCCAGCAUUCAUCGCAGCAGGCGGAGGAGGCUCUCUCCCGGGGCCUGGAGCAAGUCCACCAGUCUUUGGCACAAACUGUUGCUGGCGGUUCUCUCAGCGACGGAAUCGAUGUUGGAAAUUAUGUGGGCCACGCAGCCAUUGCUAUGGGGAAGCUUGCCGACCUCGAAGGAUUCAUCGGCCAGGCUGACAACUUGAGACAACAAACCAUGCACCAGUUGCGUCAACAGUUGACGACCAAACAAACAGCAAGAUGUUUCCUGGCGAUCGGAGAGUACUUCACCCGCCUACGUGCUCUGAGCUCCCUAUGGGCUUCUCGCCCUCAAGAGAGCUUGGUUGCCAAUGACAGUGUCGUCCCUGCCACAGCGGACCCGCAUAUAAUUCAUCAACCACUGCACAAUCAUUUUUCAGCCUUCUGAUUGAUAUCUGCGCAUGGACGUGGAAGAGACAGAGAAAGGAGAAAUAUGUUGUAUGCAUUGUGAUCGAGAUCUUAUAAUAAAGAGAUGGUGCCCCGCAAAAGCAAAAGGAGGUAGGAGAGUUGAAGGCAUUUCCGAUCGUGGCUGUUCGACAAGACCAAGGGUUAGCAGCAGCAGCAGAUCAUGAAAGUAGAGACAAGAAAGAGAUGUGCAUAUAUAUUUUUUUAGAGCAAAAUAAUACAACUAGACCUAACUUUUAUAAGAUAUUAAAAGAAUUGCGUGUGGUAGCUGCAUAACUUGCAUUGGAACACGACAGAUUUGAGAGGUUAUGAUUUUAACAAAUGCCGAAUUAAUCAUUUACCUGCAACGAUAUACCUUCUUAUCUUAGUAUAACUACGUGAAUUUUAUCUUUA